CAUGAAUUCAUGGCUAAAAUGGGAAAUAAAAAACCAUUCAACAAAACCCCACCGAUCCGAGAUCUCCUCUCUAUUCCCUCCAAAUCCAAUAUAUAAUGCAAAAUCCAUAGCUCAAGCUCUACAAUCACAAACGGUGUCGUUUUAACUGUCCAAGAAUUAGGGUUAGGGUUUUCAAAAUUUCAAUCAUGGAAACAACAAAGGAUCAAGAAGGUGGACUACUGAACCAGAUCGUCCCUCCGCGACUCGAAGACGCAGGCCUCGAAGACUGUGCGCUCCCACCGGACUCGAUUAAAGAAGCAUUUCUCAGAGCCGCCACGGCCGUGAAGUCACGCGCCUCCUCAAUCUUCGCCACUGAUCUCGACGAUGACGACGACGAAGGUUACUGCGUCGAGGAUCCCCGGACCACCGCCGGCGCCAACGACACGCUGGUCGGACUUUCGCCGGAGCACGAAGAUGAAGCGAAUUCGGGGCCCUGCGCUAAGGAGAAGGGAAAUGGAGUCCCGGAGGUGGGCCCGGACGACGUGGUGGUCGGCGGCGAGGCUGAGGAGAGGGGGAGUGAUGUGGUGGUGGUGGGAGGAGGAGUGGGUGUGAGAGAUGGAGGUGGUAAAGCUUGUGUGGAAGGGUUGCAGGGUUUGAAGAUUGGAGAGAAUGUGAAGAAUGGUGGUAAUGGUGAUAAAGAAGGUGAAAAAAAACCAACUUUAACUGAGGGUUUUGUUUGAAUAUAUUUUUUCUUACAUUUCUUUCAAAGUGUCUAUGUUGUUGUUGUUUCUGUGUAUUGUAUUCUGUAUAUGAUGAGGUCUUGAAGUUUUGAUGUAGCUGGUUAUGGAAAUAAACUUUGGUAUUAGAAAUUUGAUUGUGAUUUAUUCGGAUUGAAUAGUGAAUAUACAUGGGGUAACUUGUGAACUGAAUGCUGAAACUUUAGGUACUCUUGGGAAGUAGGAAAUGAAAUUUUGUGGUUGCUGGAAACUAGCUGUUAUUUGAGGUUUGGGUUGGAUCAAGGCUGAUUUGUUAAUUGAGGUUUGAAUAGGGUGCAUUUUGUUUAACCAUCUGGCCUAAGUUAGGAUUGAAUUUCUAUAACAAAGAAUGCAUUUCUAACCCAAGAGAUUGUGGUUUAAAAAGGUUGCAUUUCCAUUUGGCCUAAGUUGGGAUUGAAUUUGCACAAGGAAGAAUACCUUGCCAACUCAAGAGUCGGGAUGGUUCUUUUGCUGAAAAAAGAAAUGGAAUGCUGCUUGCAAUAUUUUGCUCCCAAGAAUUUUAUCAUAGAGAUUAGUAGUGGUGGAAGGGAUGUUUUGGGUUUUUUAUUAUUUUAUUUUAGGUAAAUGAAAUAAGCAAAAGUAUAUGAUUAAGAAUUAAUCAAAUAGAUGGACAUAUUGCAGAUUUUGAUUUUUGGAGCAGAGAGUGUGGGGAACAAAAGAUUGAUAAGUUACUAGCACUUAAGAUAGUUGGUGUAGUGCAGUUGGUAUGGUGGUCACAGCUUGUAGUGGUAGCAAGUAGCAACUAGCAAGUGCAGUCUGAGCUAAGUGGCAUUUCAGUAGCACAGUGGCAGACAAGCUGGAUAGUUGGUAAUUUGUAGCAUAUGCUACUUGUAAUCUACAUGUAUUAUUAGAAUUGAGCAUGCUUAAGAAUGCAGUUAGAAGUUAAUUACACUACCAAUCAGCGGCUAGUUAGCAGUUAGUUGGUUUAUGUUAGGUUUUAAGAGAACUGUUAAAUAGGAGGAGAUCUGAUUGUAUUUGCAUUGAAGUAAUAAGAUUGAAGCUCAUUACCUUUC